AUGUCUAUUGCUCUUAAGAAUCUUGAUACCCAUACCAUGGAUUGUCAAGGGGAUGAAGCGAUUACACCGGACCUUUUGAAAUUUUUUUAUUCAAGACUUUUUCCUUACAAAAGCUAUGUCAACUGGUUGAAUUAUGGAACUGAAAACAAUGCCACAUUCAAGACUCGCGAACUCAGUUUCACCUUACCUUCGGAUGCGUAUUUACGUUUUCAAUCAUUCAAUGGUGCUGAAGACUUGAAAACAGAGAUUAUGAAAAUGUGUCCUACAAAGAUUGAUAUUGGCGCAAUUUAUUCAGCUAAACCAAGAGACAAAAGAAGUAUACGAGCAUCUACCUUUAAACCUAUUGAGAAAGAACUAAUAUUUGACAUUGAUAUGACUGAUUAUGAUGAAAUCCGAACUUGUUGCAGUGGUGCAUCUAUAUGCAAUUUAUGCUGGAAAUUUAUGACAGUCGCAAUCAAGAUCAUUGAUGCUGCUCUUAGAGAGGAUUUCGGAUUUAAGCACUUACUUUGGGUAUAUUCUGGUCGACGUGGUGUUUAUUGCUGGGUUUGCGAUGAAAACGCUCGGAAAUUGAGCAAUGAAAAUAGAUCUGCAAUUGUAUCAUAUCUUGCACUCAUAAAAGGUGGCGCUCAAGUAAAUAAGAAAGUGCACCUCAACAAAGCUUUGCAUCCAUCUAUUAGGCGGUCUUUGAACAUCAUCGAGAAUUACUUUGAGGACCUUGUAUUAAAAGAUCAAGAUGUGUUGGGUUCGGAAGAAAAUUGGUCCAAGGUCUUAAAUUGUAUUCCAGAUGAUGAAAUAAUAAAAAAAUUGUCCAAUAAAUGGAAUUCGUCGAGUUCAAAAUCCUCCGUCCAAAAAUGGGAGGAGUUGGUUAGUGAAUUAGAAAAUGCUACGAAUGUUUCAGGAAAAAAGUUUUCAAAGAAAGCCGAACAACUUCAAUUUUGCAAAUUUGAGAUAAUGAUUCAAUAUACUUAUCCAAGAAUUUAUGAAGCAGUAUCUAAACAUAUAAAUCAUUUAUUGAAGGGUCCCUUUUGUGCACAUCCAAAAACAGGACGAGUUUGUGUACCGAUUCAACCAGAAGAUUGUGAAAACUUUGAUCCAUUUAAAGUACCUACAGUUGCUUCAGUAUACCACGAGUUGAAUCAAUAUAUUGAAGGAGAGCGAAAGAUUCAUGGUGAUUACGAUAAAACGUCGUUAAAACCGUAUAUCAAAUAUUUUGAUAAAUUUGUCAGUGGUAUCUUGAAAGAAGUUCGGGAAAUUCGCG